CCCACAAACCACUACAUACUAUAUUAAUAUUGUAACCAAGUUACAAUAGUCUUGACAUAUAAUGAUAUUAGUAUAACUCAUAGUCCUUAUCAUAGCAAUAACAGGUUUACUUCCCAGCCAGUAUUACCGAUACAGUUAGGAGUAGCAUAUCCUGCCAGAAACCAAGCGAAUGAAAAUGAUCUCCCUUAAGUGUCUUCUCUGCCUCUUCUUAUUCAUUAGUCAGCAGGUUAAUUCUGAAUAUGUCAAGUGUGAUCACACCACACCGGUAUGCGAGUGUAAGGAAACUGCUGAUGAGGUGUGUGAGUUUCAAAUGGACAUAGAACUCCUCCAGACAUUCACACGCUAUGAGGUUGAUCAGGCUAAUGGUGACUCCCGUGGUACAGCUGGAAGAGUAUGGUAUAUUGAUGACAAUGGUAACUACCGGCCAUUAGGAAGUAGUGGGCCAUGUGGAGAUGACAUUCCUAUUGGGAACCCAGCAUGCUCUGAUCCUUUUGCUGUUGAUGGGUACACGUUCCGUUCCUUUAUAGCAGUCAAUGGGCGAAUACCAGGACCGACACUUAUUGUCAGUCAGUACCAGUUGGUUAAAGUGAAUGUGAUAAAUCGAUUGGCAUCAGAGAGUAUCUCUAUACACUGGCAUGGAAUGCAUCAAAGGAACAGCAACUGGAUGGACGGAGUAGCUCACAUUACACAGUGUGGCAUACCACCACUGGCUAACUUUACUUACAUAUUCAAUGCAACUCAAUACGGGACGCACUGGUAUCACUCUCACAGUGGAGCACAAAGGACUGACGGUCUCUUUGGAGCUCUCAUUGUUAAUGAGAGAAAUGAGGACAAUAUAGAAGAAGUGAUGGCACAAGCGAACGUAAAUAGAAUCAUUGAUUUACCUGGUCAGCACACACUAACACUCCUUGACUGGCAGAAAGCAAAUUCCAUUGACCUCUUUACCCAAAUACACUCAAGCAUAAGAUACUUUGAUGUGGAGAGAGCAGAAGAUUUGACAUCAGAAGAAGCAGAAGCUCCAAGAACAAUCUCAUCUGAUGGAGCAGAAGUAGGACCAGUCACUUAUUGGUCUGGUCUAAUCAAUGGGAAGGGACGGCAUAAUACGGUUCGGUACAAUAAAGCAAAUUUAAGCAUUUUUGACGUGUCUCCUGACAGGGUCUACAGGUUUAGAUUGAUUGGAGCUCAGAGCUUGUUUGCUUAUCGUUUCUCUAUAGACAGACACAACCUGACUGUCAUUGCGACAGAUGGCGAGUACAUUGAACCAGUUGAUGUUGAUUACAUUAUCAUACACUCUGGGGAAAGAUACGAUUUUCUUCUGAGGACCAAAUCAGUAGCUGAUGUUUCAUCAAAAGCCAAUUACCUGAUACGAGCAGUAACACUAGAAAUAAAUAACGUAACAAGGUCAUUGUUAGAGACUAACACCGCUGAAGGUAUCUUGCACUAUACUACAGAGCAAAGACCAUCCCCUACAGUGUAUGCAAGCAUUGCUAGUGACAUAGAGACAGACAGUGAGAGGUGUACAUCAGACUCACCUUGCAAUGCACUCAAUUGUCCUUUUAAAGCAUUUCCAGACUUUUAUAAUACAAACUGUACGCAUGUUCACCAACUAAACCUACUAUUUCCACUUCCUGACAAUGCCCUACCCGACGUACAAACAGAUGACAAGCUAUUCUUUAAUUUUGGGUUCGAGGGAGUUCGACAAACGAGUGCUAUCAAUGCAAGGAAUCUUCAGCUACCACCAGUUGCUCUUGCAUUAGCUAGUAAAGACGAAUUGGAGGAUAUUAGCACUAACAGGUAUUGUACUGGUCUGGAUGAUGAGAGAGUGUGUGACAGAGAUAAUAGAGAGGUGAGCCAAAUAUUAUCACCGGAAUGCUUCUGUACACAUGUUGUUGAUGUAAGCAGUGAUCGCUCUGUUCAACUUGUUAUAUCAGCUAUUGGACCGGAUCCAAAAAAUCUAGAUAACUUCCUAUUUGCACACCCGAUACAUCUACAUGGACAUUACUUUCACGUAGUUGAUAUUCAAUUUGGAGACUAUGGCAAAGCAAUACAAAACCUAACAGCUGGUAAUACGGACAUCAUCUGUGGUGGGCAAUACCUAUGUACUAAAUUACAAUGGAAUGAAACAAAAGAUUAUUCUAUUGGUAAAACUGGUAAAGUUCGAUCUAGAGCACCAUUGAAGGAUACACUGUUAAUACCGGCAGGAGGAUAUGCCGUUGUGUAUUUCAGGACUGAUAACCCUGGUUGGUGGUUUCUACACUGUCACAUUGAAGUACAUCAAUUGGAGGGGAUGGGAGUCAUUAUUAAUGAGGGAGAUAGCAAGACACCAGCACCUUAUUUCCUGCAGAGUUGUGGUGACUUUACGUUUACACAAGACCAAUACAACAGGGCCAUAGCUGGUACUCUUAAUCCAACUGAUCCUCCAACUGGUAAUAGUGGGUAUGGUACUGUGGCUUCUGUCUUCAUUGUCAUAGCAACACUUGUUGCUAUGAUUGCUACAUAAACAUGAACCUAUCUAUUUUAGACUUUACUUAUUUUGUAGUGAGUGAGUCAUUCAUUAGUUAUUAUUAUUAUUAGUUGACUAGUGGUUGUAUCAUUGUAUACAUCAUGUGUGUUUUGUGUGCACUAGGUACAUUUAUUAGUAUAGUAUAUGAUUAAGCUGACAUGUUCUUAUUUUAUAGUCAUUUUGAUUUGAUUCCUUGAUA